CCACGAAUCGCGUGGAAUAGAUAAAAGGUGAGAGUACUGCAAGGAGAGGGUAUUUAAUCUGAAUCGCCGAAAAAGACAACAGAACUUCGCACACGUUGUGUCAGAUCAAUCUGCGUUCAGGACCAUGGAAAGCUCUAGACUGUGGACGAUAACUCUGAUUGUGCUGCUCUCUGUCGUUAGUGGGGCUGAAAUUAACGAACCGGAAUUGGAUUUGAAUUUAGAUACAAGAGCUUUAUCGGACUUCUACCCUAAAGACCCUAACUUGACCAACGAAAAGCAGCUCCUUGGGGCUCUCCAAGAAGUUCUGGAAAAACUGCAGAGUAAAAGAAUUUCGCCAUGGGAAAAGAAAUUUGGUCAAGUUCCUACGUGCGACGUAGGGGAGCAAUGCGCGGUGAGAAAAGGAUCUCGAAUCGGCAAGAUGUGCGACUGUCCACGAGGGGCGUUUUGCAACUUUUUUCUGCUCAAAUGCCUGUGAAGAAUAUUAAAUAAAAAAGUAAUCGAAAUAGAUUAAACAUACAUUGAAUAUAUAAAAAUAAUAUUAUUUGCAUAAUUUUGUUACAGCACAACAAUACAUUCGAUUAAAUGGAUGGCGCAUUUGAUAACAAAGGGGUAUCAGAUUACUAGAAGCUUACGAAAUUUACUGAAAUAUUUUACUGCCAACUGUAAAUAAAAUGUAUGAUUAUUAAAGUAUGUUAUAUCUUGUUUCGUAAA